AUGUCCCACGGCAGUCUCCCGCCACUGGCCCGUGCGGUGCUGGGUGUGUCGCCGCCCUCGUCUGACCUCAAGUAUCACCUUCCCCUGAGGCUCCUGCCUGUGUUCGGCAAGACGGACUCCCUGCUGGUGCCUGGUUACACGCUCACCCUGCCCCUGAAGAGGAGACACAGUUCCUGCGGCGUCUGCAGACUCAAGUUCAACUCUGAGAUGCAGGCCUCGUCCCAUUACAGCGGCACCAAGCACGCCAAGAGGCUGAAGGCUCUGGACUCCAUGGACACCAAGAAGACCUGGACCCCUGAACCGCUCAUCAAAAAAAAAAAACACCCCCCAGACACAGAGCCCUGCAGCUCAGAACUGCUAGAUUGGGCUGCUACCCCUUCCACCCGGGAGGAGGUGGAUUCUCUGGGUAGCACCGGCGUGGCCACCCUGAAGGGGGAGGGGCCUGACCCCUCCACCACCUUCCCUUGCCCAUCGGGGCCACCAGCACCACUCGGAGAUGGAAAAGGCCAGACGGCGGUGGGGGAGGUGGGGAUGGAGAUUGUGGAGGAGAUGAUGGCAGCGGGGGAGGAGACAGAGAGUGAGGAUGACAAAGCCAUUCGUCUGCUCUAUUGCUCCCUCUGCAAGGUGGCCGUAAACUCCGCCUCCCAGCUCCAGGCCCAUAACAGCGGUACUAAACACAGCACCAUGCUGGAGGCAAGGCGAGGGGGCGGAGCCAUCAAGUCAUUCCCCAGAUCAGGGGUCAAGGCCAAGUAUGCGGCUGCUGCGACUGCUGCAGGCCCCACUGUGGCAGCCUUGGAUGCAUCCACGGGACUGCAGAACAUGACGUUCCAUUGCCAGAUCUGCGACGUGCACGUCAACUCCGAGACGCAGCUCAAACAGCACAUCAGCAGCAGGAGACACAAAGACCGGGCAGCAGGCAAGCCGGCCAAGCCCAAGUUCAGCCCUUACCCCCCUACCCCACGAGAGCACGGACUCCAGGCUGUCUGUCUUGCACUGCGGAAGGAGCCCGACCUGGCCAAACCCCUGACCAGCUCCACCUGUCUCCUCCACCGACACCUUAGCGCUGCUUCAGUGGCAGCCAUGGUCCCCUUUCACCUCAGGCCCGUGUUCACCUCCAGCCCCGCCCUCUUUAAGAACCAGCAGCUCCAACAGGCUCUGCUGCAUCCGGCGGUCACGCCCAUCUGCUCCUCCACACACACGCCGCUUUUGUUCUCGCCCUUCUGA